AUGGUCUCUCAAGAAGUCGCUAUUUCUACACCCAAAGGAUUCAAGUUUCGCCCUGUUACAAAGUAUAUCAAGACUUGCAGAGGCAUGAAAUCCGACAUUACUUUGUCUUGCAAAGGCAAGUCUUGCGAUUCCAAAUCUCCUUCUGGCUUGAUGAGUUUGGCUUUGGAAAACGGCGAUAUCGUUACUCUUUCAGUCGAUGGUACUGAUGCUGAGAAGAAUUUUCCCAUCUUGCUCGAUCUCCUGCAAAAAGUAGGACAAUAA